AUGGGUGUCGUCAGAUCAGGGGUAGGAACGUCGGAGGUCGUGGUUACGCCAACGACAAAAGAACGACGAAAAAGAAACCAAGUGAGUGAAUGUAUGGGCGUUAUACUAGCCGGCAGAACUGAUGUUAGAUCAAUCCCUGAGGCUAUUCGCAAAGGCUCCGGAUUAAAAAGGGAAACUAAACGCAACCGGCAGGAUAAGCCAGUUCCUGAAAAUAAAAAACCUUUGGUGUUCCCCUGCAUCUGCACGACCCAAUCCGAAGCCGAAGAGGGGGCUGGCGAGGGGUUUCGUCCAACUGGUCGAAGUGUCAGACAAGCCGAAGUCGACAGGGGGCCCAGCGUUGUCUUCUGGAUCUGCAAAUGUUCAACGGCGACUUUCAACUGUGAGGUGUGCAAUGUGUCUUACUUUCUUUUCUUUUCGCACAUCGGCCAAGGUGAUGAACCAGAGGAGUCGGGCUGUGCCGAAGAUUUAUUCAGCAUUUUCGUCUGGAUUUUCUUCGUAAUGAUGCCAGUUGUUUCCUUUAAAUACAACAAGGACGAUCUUCUAGGGUUGACCCAGCACGCGUCUGCGGAGACUGGUGGAGUUUCGUCCCAGCAAACGCCAGACGCCUCACCUUCGGCCAUCCAGAUACGCGAUUAUGCCAACGACUCCGAGAAAUAG